AUGAGAGCGAAGAUUUCCGGAAGCUUGCAGAAAGGGAAAUCGCCUCCUGUGAAGAAGAGAUAGCUGAACUGAAACACCAGAUAGUGUUGCUUUUGAUUCCUUCAGAAGAAACAGACAAGAGUGAUCUUGUCAUGGAAGUAACCGCUGGAGUUGGAGGGCAGGAAGCCAUGCUGUUCACCUCAGAGAUAUUUGAUAUGUAUCAACGGUAUGCUGCCUAUAAAAAGUGGAAAUUUGAAAUAUUAGAAUACUUUCCCAGUGAAAUAGGUGGCCUAAGACAUGCAGUUGCCAGUAUAGCAGGUCUUGAGGCUUACAAGUACAUGAAAUUUGAAGGAGGAGUGCAUCGUGUUCAGCGGGUGCCAAAGACAGAAAAACAAGGACGCAUUCAUACCAGCACAAUGACUGUUGCGGUAUUACCCCAACCCACCGAGAUGAGGCUGCAUAUUAAUCCAAAAGAUCUACGGAUAGAAACAAAGCGAGCUAGUGGAGCUGGAGGCCAGCAUGUCAAUACCACAGACAGUGCUGUACGGAUAGUUCAUAUUCCAACAGGGAUCGUGUCUGAAUGUCAGCAAGAAAGAUCUCAAAUUAGAAACAAAGAGAAGGCUAUGCAAAUGCUAUGUGCUAAACUCUACAACGCCAAACUGGAAGAAGAAACCAAAAAGAGAAACAGUGUUCGAAAGAUUCAAAUUGGGACUAAAGGAAGAUCGGAGAAGAUCAGAACAUACAACUUCCCACAGGACCGGAUUACUGACCACAGGAUAAGCAGAUCAGUGCAUCAUAUCGAGUGUUUCAUACUAGGGGAAGAAAUGCUAGAUGAAAUGAUACAAACUCUGAGAGAAUAUGCUGAUUAUGAAUCUUUAAUGGAAAUUAUUUCAGAAAAUGAAAAAAAGAAUCUAUCCUGAACGUUGCUUUUUGUCAGCCCAUUACAACAGACGUAGACAUUUGUCUGCAAAGGAGCUUCUUGGAGCACCACCCAGAAAAUGCAAAUGCUUUUCAGAUCAUGAAAGACACCACAACUCGUUUCCUCAUGACUGAUAAACAGUUUUCCUACUUGCUGAGUAAAA